GACCCGAAUAUCGGCUGUUUAUCUUGACUUCUUGACUGUCAGGGAGGACUAACUUAAUUGUUUGUGUAGUGAAUCUAUCUAUCUGUCUAUCUAUCUAUCUAGUCUAGUGGGCACUAGUCCUCCCGGGUAUAGUGUGCCAUGGUGUGUGUCUCUUCCACCCAUCGGAGCCUUGCAUGUUGAAUCCAUCCUCCUUUCCGCCCAGGCUUGCGAGAUUCCGUCUCCUCGCCAUGCCGUCCCCGUCUCUUGUGUCUGUGGUCAUCGCCGGGCUGGCCAGUGCCGGGGCUGUCGCGGCGCAGUAUUUCCCCCCGACCCCCGAGGGAGUGAAGGUCGUGCAUUCGAAGCACCAUGACGGCGUCAAGAUCUCCUACAAGAAUCCCGAGAUCUGCGAGACCACGCCCGGAGUCAACUCCUACUCGGGCUACAUCCACCUCCCCCCUGGCACGCUCAACGACCUGGGCGUCGACCAGCACUACCCGAUCAACACCUUCUUCUGGUUCUUCGAGUCGCGCAACAACCCGAUCAAUGCCCCGCUGUCCAUCUGGCUGACCGGCGGGCCCGGCGCCUCCUCGAUGAUCGGCCUGCUGCAGGAGAACGGCCCAUGCGUGGUGAAUCCGGACUCCAACUCGACCGAGCUGAAUCCCUGGGCCUGGAACAACUACGUGAACAUGCUGUACAUCGACCAGCCCAGCCACGCCGGGUUCAGCUACGACGUGCCCACCAACGGUACGCUGGACCAGCUCACGGGCGUCGUGGAUGUGUCCGGCUUCCCAGAAGACACCGUGCCCGAGCAGAACAACACCUUCUACGUGGGCACCUUCCCCAGCUUCAACAGCGCCACCACCGUCAACGGCACCGUCAACGGCGCCCGCGCUCUGUGGCUCUUCGCGCAGACUUGGUUCACCGAGUUCCCCGAGUACCGCCCGCACGACGACCGCGUGAGCAUCUGGACGGAGUCCUACGGCGGGAAGUAUGGCCCGGCGUACGCGGCCUUCUUCCAGGACCAGAACGCGCAGAUCGAGGAUGGAAGUCUCGACGCCCGCCGCAUCCAUCUCGACACGCUGGGCAUCAUAAACGGCUGCGUGGACCUGCUCAUCCAGGUCCCGUCGUUCCCGCACCAGGCGUACAACAACACCUACGGCAUCGAGGGCAUCAACCAGACCGUCUACGACCAGGCCAUGGACGCCUGGGGCAAGCCGGGCGGCUGCAAGGACCGGAUUCUGGACUGUCGCGCCGUGGCCGCAGCCAGCGACCCCAACAUGCACGGCCACAACGCCACGGUCAACCAGAUCUGCCGCGACGCAGACAGCUACUGCAGCGAGCGCAUCAAAAGCCUGUACACCCGGCUCUCCGGCCGGGGAUACUACGACAUCACACACUCCAGCAAGGACCCGUUCCCGCCGCCGUACUACAUGGGCUACCUGAACCAACCCUGGGUGCAAUCCGCCCUCGGAGUGCCCAUCAACUGGACACAAGCCGCCGAAAGCGUAGAGCAAGCCUUCCACUCAACAGGCGACUACUCACGCUCCGACACCCGCGGCUUCGUCCACGACCUCGCGUACGUCCUCGACUCCGGCGUCAAAGUCGCUCUGGUCUACGGCGACCGCGACUACGCGUGCCCGUGGAUGGGCGGCGAGGACGUCAGUCUGCAGGUCGACCACACCGAGGCCGAGGCGUUCCGCGCUGCGGGCUACGCCCCCGUCCGCACCAAUUCCUCGUAUGUCGGCGGCCUGGUCCGCCAGCACGGCAACUUCUCCUUCACCCGUGUCUUCCAGGCCGGCCAUGAGGUCCCCGCGUAUCAGCCUCAGACGGCGUAUGAGAUCUUCCAUCGCGCGCUGUUUAAUCGGGACAUUGCGACCGGGAGGGUCAACACGGCCAGGAAUGCGUCGUAUACGAGUGAGGGGCCGGACUCGACUUGGCAGGUGAAGAAUGACGUGCCCGAUAGUCCGGCGCCGACGUGCUAUCUUUUGGAUUUGGAGGCUCGGUGUACCCAAGAGCAGGUCGAGAGGGUGGUGGGUGGGGAGGCAGUCGUGAAGGAUUGGGUGGUCGUGGGGUAGGAUUCUGCAUUAUUGAUAGAGAAGGUAUUAUUAUUAUUAUUAUUAUUAUUGAUAUG